AUGGCUCCACGGAAACCUACACCCGAAGAACUACACGAAGAGUUACGCAACACGUUGGAGUCGUUUCAAACGGGUUUACAGGAUGCGGUCCUUAACGCCGUGGAACAUGCACUAACGACGGUGUUGGAGAAUCAACAACGCAACGGACGCGGUCACCAGCCACGACAACACGACGACGGCUCGGAUGAUGAGGGAUUAGCGGAGAAUUUAUUUGCAGAGAAUCGUAAUGACGACCGCAGAGAUAAUCAAGACGACCGUGGAGCAGAUCACAACCACUAUCAUCACGACGCUCGCAACAACACUGCUUCCCGGUGGGAUACAGGAUUUCGACAUGAUAUUCAUGAGUUUUCCGGAUCUCUUAACCCCGAGGAGUUCAUUGAUUGGUUGAACAUGGUCGAGGAAAUAUUGGAGUUUAAGCAAGUCCCGGAUGAGAUGCGAGUCACGUUGGUUGCUACUCGUUUCAAAAGCCGUGCCAUGGCCUGGUGGCAACAACUCAAAGAAUCUCGGCGCCGUGUUAACAAACCUCGUAUUGCAACAUGGGAGAGGAUGAAGAAACACAUGCGCAGGAGCUUUCUUCCAUACAACUACGAGAGAACGUUAUAUAAUAAAUUGCAAAAUCUCCGCCAGGGCACACGUUCAGUUGAUGACUAUGCUUCUGAAUUUUUCCACAUGACAGCUCGCAUGUCAUCUAUGGAAUCUGAAGAUCAGUUAGUCUCUCGCUUCAUCGGAGGUUUGCGUUCACAAUUACAGGUUGCUCUUCAGCAAUUCAACCCAGUCUCUGUUUCAGAGGUUCACCAACGUGCUAUUGCUAUGGAAUCACAGCUCCGGUCGGUUUGGUCAUCAUCUACAUCUCGGAACCAGUUUCCCAGUCCAGCUUUGGCAGACACAACGAUAGGUGCACCUAUGGAUGCUUCGACAUCUCGUUCUGACUUUCAAAAACCAAGUCCGCAAACAGAAACAAUUGGUUCCUCUCGACCUACGAGACCUAAUGCUUUACGAUGCUUUUCUUGUGGAGAAAGAGGUCAUAUUCAAACUUCAUGUCCGAAAAACACUAAACGAGGUUUGGUGAUCCAAGAGAGUGAAGAUCUUGGUCCUCAAUUUGAUGAAUAUGACUCAGAUCAUCAACAUGAUGAGUCGGUGGAUGAGAUUCGUGGAGAUAUUGGCCUUAAUUUGGUUUUGCGUCGCAACUGUUUGGCUCCACGUGCGGCACAAGAAUCAUGGCUUCGCUGUACCAACGUUUUAGCUAGAGAAGCGGUUCAGAAGCUAGGACUCAAGACAGAGCCACAUCCAGCACCAUAUCCGCUUGCUUGGCUGAAUCAAGACAACGAGAUGCGUGUUACUCAACGCGUGUUGGUCGCUUUCUCGAUUGGGACUUACAAAGAUGAAGUUUACUGUGAUGUUGUACCCAUGGACGCUUGCCAUCUCUUAUUGGGACGACCAUGGCAAUUCGAUCGCGAUGCAACACAUAAGGGCCGACUUAACACAUACACCAUUGUCUUUGGAGAUCGUACCAUUACUCUACUUCCGUCGAAAGAUCAUGAUUCUGUGGUGCUUUCUUCUGGCCCUACUCCCACUGCUAUCAAUCCUUCACCAACGAAGUCUUUGUUGACAUUACCAAAGGAAACCUUCGAAACAGAGCUCAAAAACUCGGAGCUCGUUUGGGCGCUCGUUGCUGCUCCCUCCUCUGUCUCACCAUCUCAUGAUGUUGUUCCUGACGCUUUUUUCUCUCUUCUUAAGCAAUUUAGUGAUGUGUUCCCCGACGAUUUACCUCGUGCGUUACCUCCUCUUCGAGAUAUCCAACAUCACAUCAAUUUGGUCCCUAAUGCGGUUCUCCCUAAUCGACCACAUUACCGCAUGAGCCCGCAAGAGCACGAUGAGUUAACGCGACAGGUUGAAGAAUUGCUUCACAAGGGCCACAUUCGUAAGAGCUUGAGUCCGACAGCGGUUCCAGCUUUAUUGAUUCCUAAGAAAGAUGAUUCUUGGAGAAUGUGUGUAGAUAGCCGUGCUAUCAACAAAAUCAUGGUACAAUAUCGUUUUCCAAUUCCUCGUUUGGAUGACCUUCUUGAUCAGAUAGGACAUGCUUCAAUCUUCACGAAGCAAUUUGACUUGAAAAGUGGAUACCAUCAAAUCCGUAUUCGUCCCGGAGAUGAGUGGAAGACAGCUUUCAAAACGCGUGAGGGUCUGUUUGAAUGGAUGGUCAUGCCUUUUGGUCUCUCUAACGCUCCAAGCACAUUCAUGCGAGUUAUGAAUCAAGCACUUCGUCCUUUUAUUGGCAAGUUCGUUGUUGUCUACUUCGGCGAUAUCUUAAUUUUCAGCAACGAUUUGCAAAGCCAUCUGUUACACCUGACGGAAGUUCUUCAAGUUUUACGCCGUGACAAGCUUUUUGCAGCUCGAAAGAAGUGUCUUUUUGGCGCCUCGCAAGUCCUGUUUCUCGGCUAUAUCAUCUCUGAUAAGGGAUUACAGGUGGAUCCCAGCAAAGUUGAGGCCAUUAAAUCUUGGCCAACACCACGUUCUAUCACCGAAGUUCGUAGUUUCCACGGUUUGGCUUCCUUUUACAGACGAUUUGUCCAUCACUUUAGUGAUAUCACCGCUCCACUUACAGACUCUAUGAUGGGCACAUCGUUUCAUUGGACCCCAGAGGCAGAAGUGGCCUUUGAAACUAUAAAAAAAAAGUUGGUUUCUGCGCAGAUAUUGGCUCUUUAUGAUUUUUCUGUUGUGUUUGAACUCCAUUGUGACGCUUGCAAGUUGGGCAUUGGUGCAGUUUUGAGUCAGCAAGGACGCCCUGUUGCUUUCUUCAGUGAGAAGAUUUCCGGUUCCCGCGCCCGCUAUAGCAUGUAUGAUGUCGAAUUUUAUGCUAUUGUCCAAGCAAUUAAGCAUUGGCGCUAUUAUCUCUUUCAUCAUGAGUUUAUUCUUUACACGGAUCAUGAUGCUUUGAAGCACUUGGGCAGUCAAGAGAAGAUUUCCGCUCGUCAUGCUUCGUGGAUAGCCUUUCUCCAACAGUUUACUUUUGUUAUUAAACACCAAUCCGGCCGUACUAACAAAGUAGCUGAUGCUUUGAGUAGACGUCAUAAUUUGCUCGCCACUUUAGAGGUCUCUGUUCCUGGUUUUUCUUCCUUUGCAGAGUUAUACCCUCUCGAUCCUUUUUUUGGACUUAUUUGGGAAAGUCUUCAGGAAGGUCACCACCCUGAUUUUCUCCUCCAAGACGGUUUCAUGUUUCGGGAUUCACGGCUUUGUGUUCCUGCUUGUAGCCUGAGGUUGCAGUUGAUUACAGAGUUACAUGGAGAGGGUCAUAUGGGGAGAGAUCGAACAUUGCAGUUGGUUGCUGAGUCGUAUUUUUGGCCAACAUUACGUAGAGAUGUCGCACGUUUUGUUGAGAGGUGUGUUGUGUGUCAAUUGUCUAAGGGUCCUGCAAGUAAUGGUGGGUUGUACAUGCCGCUCCCUGUUCCGACUCAACCUUGGACAGACAUAAGCAUCGAUUUUGUUUUAGGGUUACCUCGGACGCAACGCGGUUUUGACUCAAUCUUCGUGGUCGUCGAUCGUUUUUCGAAGAUGGUGCACUUUGUUCCUUGCAAGAAAACCACAGACGCGGUUCAGGUUGCUACUUUGUUCUUCCGCGAGAUUUAUCGUCUUCAUGGCUUACCCUUGUCGAUUGUUUCCAAUCGUGACUCGCGCUUCUUGAGUCAUUUUUGGCGUUCUUUAUGGAAACUUCUACGUACUAGCCUUGAUAUGAGUUCGGCUUACUAUCCUCAAUCCGACGGUCAAACAGAAGUUGUAAACAGAUCUUUGGGCAACAUGCUGCGUUGUUUGGUGGGAAGCAAUAUCAAGUCUUGGGAUACGAUUCUGUGUAAAGCAGAAUUUGCUUUCAACCAUGCUGUGAACAGAAGCACCUCCUUUAGUCCAUUUCGUGUGGUCUACGGUAUUGUUCCACGAGGUCCUGCAGGUCUUGGCGUUACUCCGGAUGCGACCCGCGAUCAUGGUCAAGCUAUUGAUUUCGUCGCCAAUCUUUCAUUCAUCCACGCUCAGAUUCACGAUAAUUUACAAAUCGCUUCUGCCAAGUAUAAGGAGGCUGCGGAUCGCCAUUGCCGUGACGUUCAAUUUAAGGUAGGUGAUUUGGUGUGGGCAAUCAUAACCAAAGACAUGUUUCCUCCACGAGAGUACAACAAGCUUAAGACACGUAAGAUUGGACCUUUGGAAGUUUUGGAGAAAAUUAAUGCAAAUGCUUAUCGUGUGAAGCUUCCAUCCGACAUUCGGUCUUCUGAUGUCUUCAACGUCAAACACCUAUGUCCGUAUGUUGCGCAAGAUGAGGCUGAAGAUUCGAGGGCGAAUCUUUCCCAACCCCGGGCGACCUGA